AUGCGAUGGCUGGCUUUCAUUGUGGGAAGUAGCGGGUUGGCGCCAACGCGUGCUGUGGCGGAUUUGGGAUUGGUGGUGGCUCCGGAGUUGUCGGAUGCACGUGCUUUGUAUACGGGGCUGAAUUUGAUUUUUGAGACGCAUCGUUUGUUUGGUGAAAGUUUCCCAAAAAAUGCGCAGGAACAUGCACGGACCUACGGUGUUAGAGUAGGCACGCAUCGGCUCAUGGAGGCACUGGACGGGAUUGAGGUUUUACCGACGGCACCGGGUGACGAGGAGUUGCACGCAGAAGAGUUGACGCGUUCGGUAUUGAUAGCGCGCGUGCUGGGAGAGAUCGUGAGUUCAGCAGAGGCGAAUCGGCGUGUCGUACUCGGUCGAUCUAGUCGGCAGGUACUUGCAGCCGCAGCCUUCUCUGCCUACUUCCUUCACAUGACUCCCGACCAUAUGGCCCGUCUUACGCAGUUUGUUGAGUACACUCUCAAUAAACUCGUCGAACUCAAUCUCUUCCUCCUACUCACUGCCGAUCGGGGCGGACCCGUACAAGAUCUACACAGCCUCAGUGCCAUCCCAGCCACCAUCACCUGCGACUGGUGGGACCUCUACAAACCUGUCGCACAUAUUCAACGUCUCCUCGCACCAGACGCGAAAUUCGAGAACAUCUUUGAGAACCUCAGGUCCCCACCCAGACCCAGUAAGCAUGAGGCAUGGCGGACUGGGAAGAAAGAGCAGGCGGCAGCUGGGGAUGUCGGGGGAACAGGGCAGUCGAGGGAACCGGCAUUUUCUCAGGGCGCACUAAUGUGUACGACAACAACAGCCGACGGGCCCCCACGGAUGAGGAGGCAGACAAGUUCAUAA